AGCUGAUCACACCAUUGUUUGGUCAGUCGUGGUCGUGUUCUAGAUCUAGGAGUCUGCGUUAAAAAUGGCUUCAGCAAAACAAAUAAGAGAUGGCUUAAUGUCUAUUUCAUGGAAUACUACUACUACAGCACUUAACAGAAGUGUUAAAGUACAAAAUCUUUCUGGUGUUUUUAAAUAUUGCACACUCAUUUUUACAAAGGAUGGAGUCAAUUCAGUCCUUACAAUGAAAAUGUGUUUUACCUGUGGAACUAAGCCAAUCGAAAAGGAAAAAAUGCUUGUUGAGGUAACCCAAAAUGGUGUCAAACAGCUAAUGAAAAUAAGUAAAACUAAAUGGAAACCUUCCUCUGAAACCUCCCCCUACUCUCACUACUACAGUUGGCACAUUUUGAUGGGUACAUACCCUAUUUUUGGGAAACCUACUGUUGAAAUUGAUUUUGAGAUUCUCAUUGAUUUGACUCCUGGUUCUCUUAAAAAUGGAUCACAGCAUGUUCUCGAUCACUUGCUGAAUCUGUGGAAAACUAAAACACUAGCUGAUGUUGAAUUCCAAUGCGAUGGAAAAUCCAUCAAAGCUCACUCUUUGAUUCUGGCCUCUAGUAGCCCUGUUCUGGCUGCCAUGUUUGAAAACGACUUUGAAGAAAAACAGAAAAGAAUUGCCAACAUCACGGACAUCAAAGCCAAUAUUUUUGAAAAUCUUUUGCAACACAUCUACACUGGAGAGGUCGCCCUGGAAACUGAAGUCGAAGAUGUUGCUGAUUUACUGGUUGCUGCCGACAAAUACGCCGUUGAAACAUUGAAAGAAGAGUGUGCACUGUAUUUGUCAAAUGAUUUAAAAGUGGAAAACGCCGCACGUUAUCUAGUAAUUGCUCACCUUCACAAUUCGACCGUGCUUCACGAGUCUACACUGCAAUUUAUGUCGAAGAAUGCUAAAGUCGUUUGCGCUCGAGAGGAUUGGAUGGAUGUUAUCAAGAAUUAUCCCGAGCUCAGCUUUGAAGCCACUCAACGUAUGGUCGGCCAGUGAAGAUGUUUCGUCUUUCGAAGAUUACCGGAAAACUGGAUUCCGAGUUCGCAACAUUUUUGUAACCAGAAAUUAAUCAAGAUGUUUUUGUUGUUAAAUUACCCUGUGUGUUGUGCUGUGGCUGGUUUUGAGUUACCCGUGUUCUAGGAAUAUUCCUAGAUUUUUUAGCAAUACAGAAAGUUCGAUUUUCAAA